AUGAGUUUUGUGACAGUCCAGUCUGUGAACAUCAUGACAGACAUCAUGUUACUGAGUCUCCUUCUUAUUCCAAGUACUUUGGCUUCUUGUCCUUCAAACACACACCUGUUCAUCACCGCACCAACAGAGAUGGAAGCUCUGAGUGGAUCUUGUUUACAAAUCCCAUGUAACUUUAGUGAAACUGGAACAGAAAAGUUUGACAGCACAAGACCUGUCUCUGGAGUGUGGAUUAAAAAUCACACCAAUGUUAAAACAUAUCCAGAAAACGAGAUCUUCAACAGCAGUAGGACAGUUAACAUCUAUCCAAUGAAGAUUACAGGAAACCUGAAGGAGAAAAACUGCACCACUCUGUUUUCCAACUUAACCACAACUUAUACAAACACAUACUACUUCAGAAUUAUGAACUGGCCCUACAGAGCAACAGCUGUUUGUGAUCCUCUUAAAAUAACAAUUAAAGAUUCUCCUUGGAGGCCCGAUAUUACAAUCCCAGGUGAUCUGAAGGAGAAGGAGUCUGUCACUAUAACCUGCUCAGCUCUCACUCCCUGUCCACACUCCCCUCCUCAACUCACCUGGAAUCUCCAACAAGACUCUCACAACAAAAUAGAGAAAAACACAGAUGGAAGCUUUACAACUAAAAUCCAGCAGAACAUCACUCUGUCAGACACACAUGAUGGAAAGAAGAUCAGCUGCUCUGCCAGAUAUCCUGUGAACCAAGGAAAAGACACCAAGACAGCAGAGACAGAAGAGACUCUCAGUGUUUCAUAUGCUCCUAAAGACACCUCAGCAUCCAUCAGUCCAUCAGGUUUGGUGUCAGCAGGCAGCUGGGUGAACCUGACCUGCUCCAGCAGAGCCAAACCUCCAGUCAGCAGCUUCACCUGGUUCAAGAAGAGCAGAGAUGGAGCUGUGAAAGUAUCUGAAGGAGAGAUUUACAGCUUCAAUGUAACAGAUGGAGGAGUUUAUUACUGUGUGGCCACUAAUGAUCUGGGUAAUCAGACAUCAGCAGAGCUUCAUGCUGGACAACAGAAUAAUGGUUCUUUACCACUGGGUCCACUUCUUGGAGGCAUCCUUGGGUUCAUCUUACUGAUCUGUUUGGUUAUCUUGGCUUGGUGCUUAAAGUCAAAACAUCAAACUCAACAACAGACUCAGUCCACAGGUAAAACAGAAGAAAAGGAAGAAAGCCUCCAUUAUGGAGAGAUCAACUUCUCCACUCUGGGAUAUGAAGUGCCCUCUGGCUCAAUGCAGGACAGAGGACAGCAGCAGGAUACAGUGUACGCACAGGUGAAAGUCAACAAGCCAGAAAACAGCUUAACACAGAGAGCUCAUGGCCAAGAGGAACUUUAUGCUAAAGUGAAGAAAAAAUGAGAAGUAUCAGUUAACAACCUCUGAACAGAGAAAG